UUGAACCGGGAACCUGAAACUCGCACCAAAGUGGUUUGUCAGAUCAAGGAUCAGAAGUUUGAAGGCUAUGGGUCGAGCAAGAAGUUGGCGAAGCUGGCGGCGGCGCGCAUAGCGCUGGGCGAGCUGCACGCGGUGCCGCCGCGCGCCCAUAGCCUGCCCAGCUCGCCCUGCGCGCCGGAGCCGUCGCAGCUGCUGGCCCACCACGUGGCCAGAUUAGUAAAUGAUAAAUUCAACGAGCUGAUGCGCAGUGACCUGGUGCACUCCAAGCGAAAAGUGCUCGCCGGCAUUGUGAUUACCAUCAACCACAGCAUGGAAGGUGCUAGGGUAAUAGCUGUGACUACUGGCACCAAGUGUGUAUCUGGAGAAUAUAUGUCAAUAAUGGGAAUGGCCGUGAACGACUGCUAUGCAGUGGUGGCAGCCCGUCGCUGUCUGCAGAGGCAUCUUUACGCUCAGCUUCUGAUGUAUGCGUCUUCAUCGGAUCCCCGGAAGCCGAUACCGCACUCAGACCUGGAGCCAUUGCCUGACGGCGGGUACCAGCUGAAACCUGACCGUCAGUUACAUCUGUACGUCAGCACGGCGCCUUGUGGAACGAGUCAGAGCCGGAUGAACACCCAAACAGGCUCGCCCGUGGCCAGUUGA